AUGGCCUCCGUCACUGCCCAGAAGCCGGCUUUCCCGCGACUCUCUUCAAUCCCCUGUGGUGAUCACUUUCACUCACGCGACUCCUCCCCAUCGCCCUGCAGCACCCCGGACGGGUCCAGAUCGAGUAGCCAGCGUCGCCCAUCCUUCGGCUCGAUCAAAGAAGACACGGAAGACGGAAUUGCGCAAUCCUUCGUUGACACGCACGAGGUCCCCUCUCCACCGCCCCAGGAAAACCAAGAGCCGCAAAGCCGCAAACUCGAGCGGCCUGGAAUGCAGGCCCCGGACUUUUGCUGUCCGUGUGGGGGGUUCCUGGGCUGGAAGCAGAUUCGGUUGGGCGGGAAGAGUUUGAGCCGCAGCUACAGUGAUCUCCGAGGGCUUGGGGCCGCACAGGCAAAGGGUUGGGCAUGGGAGUCUCACGAUGAGACUCCCCAAACCCUCCCCGUCCCGGAGCCCCCAGUGGAGGUGAUGCAGACCCCUCCCGGCAGCUCUCCCUUGGAGAAGCUGCCCCCUGAGGUUCUGGUCAUCUCUAACCUUGCACUGGAUCUUCCACCGAACGGCUACACUCCUCGAAAUGUGGAUCUGGUUUCGUGUCUGCUCACGUCGCACACUCUGCACGCUGCGACAUUGGGCGUCUUGUACAGAAACAUGACUUUCCCGCAUUCCAUCAUCUUCUCCAAGGCACUCAAUCAUAUGUCCCAGUAUCCCGCGCUCGGCACACUGGUUCGCCGCUUGGACUUCUCCCACUUUACCUCCGUCGGCCUGGGCCGUACCAAGCAGAUGAAUUCUGAAAUUCAGAAUCUGACUUCCCGCACCCUCUUGCAGUGCCUGGACCUUCUUCCUAACUUGAAGGAAUGCCUACUCCAGGAACACUUGGAAGGCGACAUUAGCGCGGAAGUGAUCAGGAAGUUGUUCAUGGGAUUGCCGAACCUGCGCGCAGUGGACUUCUGCGGCUGCUCGACCCAAGCCUUUUCCGCGGUCUUCCAGGAAGCCUUGGUCGGUGGCCCGGUGUUGCCCAUGACCUUGCCCAACUUGAAACGGGUCUCGCUUCAUGAGUGUAGCACCAUCCCUGCCCCUAUGUUCGACUAUCUUCUCUCGCGACUGGUCAACCUGACCCACCUCGAUCUCACCCACACCCAAGUCAACGACUCCGCCCUCGCCGCUAUUCCCGAAACUGCCCGCAUCUCUCAUCUCAGCUUGUCCCGAUGCACUCGUCUUCGCCCAUGCGCCCUGGUAGAGUUCCUGACCACCCACCCCUCUGUCAACGAAUCCCUCGUCUAUCUGAACCUGAUGACCGACCCUACUCGAUUCCGACUGCUAGAGGAGACUGAUGUGUCCGCCCUGCUCCCUAAACUACCCAACACCCUGCGCUCGCUAAACCUCGGUGGAGCCAAGGUCACCUCCGACCAUGUCCCAUUCCUGGUUCCUCUGACCAAGCACCUGGAAGAACUCGGCCUCAGCUCCGCAGACCUCUCCGUGACGGAUGUCAACUCAUUCUUCGCCAGCUACCGCAACCCUGCUACAGGAGAAGAGAUCAACGCCCCCAGUACACUCUGCUACCUCGAUCUCGCCAAGGUUCCGCAGAUGACCAUUGGGGCGAUCUUCAACACGAGCACCUGUCUUCUGCUCGCGAACCAGAGCUACCCGCUCCAGGUUGUCGAGUUCAGCGACAAGAUCAUCACCCCUCUGCGUGAGCGAGCGAAGACCCAGCGCGUCUCGGUCGGUUGGACUGUGCGUGACCUCGGCCGCCGCGGCUGGUACGUCCGUGACCCCGCUUCUAUGCCCGACGAGCCACUCGACGACGGCGCCCGCUACUGGAAAAUGGGCGCCCGCUGGUGGGGAUCCCGUAAGAUCCCCAUGGUUGUUGGCGACGUUGGUGGUCUUUACGGCCAUUACAUGUUCAAAAAAUGA